UCUUUCUUCUUCGCUGAUCUGAGACGCAAAAUCUUUCUUCCUCGUUUCACAAAACACUGUCGUUUCUGAAUCCCUUACCUCUGUGCUCCCUCUCACCGCCAUAGCCAUGGUGUUCAUCGUGCCCCCGCACGGCAGAACCCUAGCCCUCAACAUAAACCCCAAAACCACCACCCUCCAUCUCCUCAAACUCGCCAUCGAACAAACCCAUGGCAUACCCGUUUCGCAACAGCGCUUGCUCCUCUCACACAGUCUCCGAUUGCUUGGAGUAAACGAUUCCCUCCUCAUCUCUGACCUCGGUGUGGGACCCUACUCAACGCUCACCCUCCAUGUUCCUUUAUACGGCGGUAUGCAACCUCCGGUGGUUCCUAAGCCGCGGUUCGAUUUCCUCAACUCGAAGCCGCCGCCGAAUUACGUCGCUGGACUUGGUCGUGGCGCCACCGGUUUCACUACCCGGUCUGAUAUCGGACCUGCCCGUGCAGCUCCUGAUCUUCCUGACAGAUCUGCGGCCGCUGCCAGUGGCGCCGGAAGGGGGAGAGGGAAGGGUGGUGAGGAUGAGGAGGAUGAGGAAGGGGAAGAUAAAGGGUAUGAUGAGAAUCAGAAGUUUGAUGAGUUUGAAGGGAAUGAUGUUGGGUUGUUUGCUUCUGCGGAGUAUGAUGAGGAUGAUAAGGAGGCUGAUGCGGUUUGGGAGGAGAUUGAUAAGAGAAUGGAUUCACGGAGGAAAGAUAGAAGAGAGGCGAGGUUGAAGGAGGAGAUUGAGAAGUAUAGAGCUUCUAACCCCAAAAUCACUGAACAAUUUGCUGAUUUGAAGCGGAAGCUGUAUACCCUUUCUUCAGAUGAUUGGCAGAGUUUAGAGAAGUUUGAGAGUGGAGGGUAUUCCUCAAGGAGUAAGAAGAAGAGGUUUGAGAGUUUUGUACCUGUGCCUGAUACUCUUCUUGAGAAGGCAAGGAAGGAGCAAGAGCAUGUGUCAGCUUUGGAUCCCAAGAGCAGGGUUGCUAGUGGGACUGAGACUCCCUGGGCACAAACCCCAGUUACUGAUUUGACUGCUGUGGGAGAGGGAAGAGGUACUGUGUUGUCCUUGAAGUUGGAUAGGCUGUCUGAUUCUGUUUCAGGGAUGACUAAUGUGGAUCCGAAAGGUUAUUUGACUGUUCUGAAUAGUAUGAAGAUAACAAGUGAUGCUGAGAUUUCUGAUUUCAAGAAGGCAAGGUUGUUGCUUAAGAGUGUUACUCAGACCAAUCCUAAACAUCCUCCUGGCUGGAUUGCGGCUGCCAGGUUGGAGGAGCUGGCUGGCAAGCUUCAAGUGGCUAGGCAAUUGAUAGAGAAGGGAUGUGAAGAGUGUCCCAAGAAUGAAGAUGUAUGGUUGGAGGCUUGUAGGUUGGCGAAUCCUGAGGAAGCCAAGGCUGUGAUUGCUCAGGGUGUUAAGUCGAUUCCAAGUUCUGUGAAGUUGUGGCUGCAGGCUGCAAAAUUAGAACACGAUGAUGCGAACAGGAGUAGGGUGUUGAGGAAAGGCUUGGAGCACAUCCCUGAUUCAGUUAGGCUUUGGAAGGCGGUGGUGGAGCUCGCAAAUGAACAUGAUGCGAGUCUUUUACUUCACAGAGCUGUAGAAUGUUGUCCGUUGCAUGUUGAAUUGUGGCUCGCACUUGCAAGAUUGGAAACAUACGACAAUGCUAAGAAGGUCCUAAAUAGGGCAAGGGAGAGGCUGCCCAAGGAGCCGGCCAUAUGGAUAACAGCUGCCAAAUUAGAAGAGGCUAAUGGGAAUACUUCCAUGGUUGGUAAGAUAAUCGAAAGGGGUAUCAGGGCUUUGCAGAGGGAAGGUGUGGUGAUUGAUAGAGAAGCUUGGAUGAAGGAAGCCGAGGCAGCGGAACGUGCUGGGUCUGUUGCAACUUGCCAAUCAAUAAUCCAAAAUACAAUUGGAAUUGGGGUUGAAGAAGAAGAUAGGAAGAGGACAUGGGUUGCCGAUGCAGAGGAGUGCAAGAAAAGAGGUUCCAUUGAGACUGCUAGAGCUAUAUAUGCUCAUGCCUUGACCUUGUCUGUUUUCAUGCAGAAGAAGAGCAUAUGGCUCAAAGCAGCCCAACUUGAAAAGAGUCAUGGUACCAGGGAAUCCCUUGAUGCUUUACUUCGUACAGCAGUUAAGUAUAUACCACAGGCGGAAGUUCUUUGGCUUAUGGGUGCUAAAGAGAAGUGGUUGGCUGGAGAUGUGCCUGCAGCCCGUGCUAUUCUCCAAGAAGCUUAUGCUGCCAUUCCCAAUUCUGAGGAAAUAUGGCUUGCUGCUUUCAAGCUGGAAUUUGAAAAUCAUGAACCUGAGAGAGCUAGAAUGUUGCUGGCUAAAGCCAGAGAGAGAGGAGGUACAGAAAGAGUGUGGAUGAAAUCAGCAAUUGUUGAGAGAGAGCUGGGAAACAUUGAGGAGGAGAGGAGAUUGUUAGAUGAAGGAUUGAAGCAAUUCCCUUCAUUCUUUAAAUUGUGGUUGAUGCUUGGCCAACUCGAGGAGCGACUUGGUGAGAAUGCAAAGAGGCUUGAUCAGCCUGAGAAGCGGCUUGAUCACUUGAAGGAAGCCAAGAAGGUGUAUGAAUCUGGACUGAAAAACUGUCCUAAUUGUGUACCGCUUUGGCUCUCUCUUGCUACUCUUGAAGAGGAGACGAAUGGACUGAGUAAAGCUCGAGCAGUUCUCACCAUGGCUCGAAAGAGAAAUCCUCAAAAUCCUGAACUCUGGCUGGCAGCUGUUAGAGCAGAGUUGAAGCAUGCAAGUAAGAAAGAAGCUGAUAAUUUGAUAUCAAAAGCAUUGCAGGAAUGUCCCAAUAGUGGUAUUUUGUGGGCAGCUGCUAUUGAGAUGGUUCCUCGUCCCCAGCGUAAAACCAAGAGUAUGGAUGCUCUUAAGAAAUGUGACCAUGAUCCCCAUGUUAUUGCUGCUGUGGCCAAAUUAUUUUGGCAUGAUAGGAAAGUGGACAAAGCUCGGACUUGGCUGAAUAGGGCUGUAACACUAGCUCCUGAUAUUGGGGAUUUCUGGGCAUUGUACUACAAAUUUGAACUCCAACAUGGAGCUGAGGAGAACCAGAAGGAUGUAUUGAAGAGAUGUGUUGCUGCUGAACCAAAACAUGGAGAGAAGUGGCAAGUAAUCUCAAAGGCAGUUGAGAACGCUCACCAACCGUCAGAAUCCAUCUUGAAGAAAGUGGUGGUUGCACUUGGGAAGGAAGAGAAUGCAGCUGAUAAUAAUAGUAAACAUUGAUUUACCAAGAAUGUAGCCUCUUUUCAAUUUUUGUUCUGUCUUAUGCGUAGUUAGUUUGGAAGAAAGAUUUGAAUACUUGAGUAAUUGAAUGAUUAUAUCUAAUGUAGCGUUUUGGAGGAACUUAUAUACCAGUUUGAUCCUUGUUCUCCUCUCCUUUAA